AUGAGAAGUCCUGCAACAGUAAAAGAGGUCCAACAGUUGGCGGAGAGGAUGGCUUCCCUUUCUCGGUUCCUCUCAAAAGUAGUGGACAAGUCGUUACCCUUAUUCCAGUGUUUAAGGAAGAACGAUCGCUUUGCAUGGACAGACGACUGUGAAAGGGAAUUCGGCGAGCUCAAACAGGCUCUCACCUCACCGCCAAUCCUUAGAAAACCACAAACCGACUCCCCUUUGUUGGUAUACAUGUCGGCGUCAGACAGCGCCGUCAGUGCAGUCUUAGUGCAAGAAAAAGGUAACUUUCAAAUGCCUAUUUAUUUUGUUAGCAGGGUGUUGCAAGGGGCGGAGGUUCACUAUCAAAAAAUCGAGAAGCUGGCAUUUACCAUAUUGGUAAUCGCAAGAAAGCUCAGACACUAUUUUCAGAGCUACAAAGUAGUAAUCCGAACAGACUACCCAAUCAGGCAAGUCUUGCAAAAGCCCGACCUCCCUGGAAGAAUGAUGAAAUGGUCAAUCGAGUUGUCGGAGUUUGCAAUCAAGUAUGAACCGAGAGGAGCCAUCAAAGCUCAAGCGCUCGCCGACUUCUUAGUAGAAUUGAGCUCACCGGCUGAAGAAGAUUCUUCUGGAGAAAGUGAGUGGAUCCUGUCUAUCGAAGGAGCUUCAAAUUUGGGUGGUAGCGGAGCCGGGAUCGUCCUUGAGGGUCCCAGAGGCAUACUCUUGGAAAAAUCACUACGGUUUGAGUUUCGGGCGAGUAAUAAUCAAGCAGAGUACGAAGCGCUAUUGGCAGGGAUGACCUUGGCAAAGGAGAUGGGCGCUACAAGCUUGCCAGCUAGGAGCGACUCGCAGCUGGUGACGGGGCAGGUAGCAGGAACGUUCCAGGCGAAGGAUCCUCAACUAGCUCGGUACCUGGAAAAGGUGAAGGUCAUGUCGGCCGACUUCACCAUGUUUUCAUUGAACCAUGUUCCUAGGGAGAAAAACUCACAAGCAGAUCUCCUCUCAAAACUAGCAAGCACGAAGAGACCGAGAGCUACACGCUCGGUCAUCCAAGAAGUCCUGUCCCAACCAAGCAUCAAUGGUUCUUCAGCCGAGGUGUUGGCUAUCGAAGAAGAGGAAGAAUCUUGGAUGACACUGUACAUCUUGUACCUGACACAAGGAUCACUGUCUGAAGAUAAGCAUGAAGCAUCAUUGAUCACGAGGGAGUCGACGAGGUUCGUGAUCUUGUCGAGGAUACUAUACCAAAGGGAAUUCAGUGCCCCUUUGUUGAGGUGCCUAACGGCGUCGCAGGCCCAACGAGUAAUGGAAGAAAUUCAUGGGGGGAAUUGCGGAAGCCAUAUCGGAGGUCGAUCCCUUGUGUACAAGGUAACCCGAGCAGGUUACUUCUGGCCGACUCUACGAAAAGACUGCAUCAAUUGGGUUCACAAAUGCGACGAAUGCCAAAGACAAGCGGUCCAGCAUCAUUCCCCUGCCGAAAGACUCCACUCGCUCAUAUCUCCAUGGCCUUUCAACAAGUAG